AUGAAUAUCGAUGGCAUGCGAAUGACCUUUGAACGGGGAAGGAAAGCUGGUGGUCGCUUGGCCGGUUUGCCCACCGGCUUGAAAACAUCUCGCUGCUAUUCGAAGAACAAACGCAAAUCGAUACUGGUCGCAUCUCCGAGUAUCUUCACGACAGUGCUUAUGCCCCCAACUUUCUUAAAAUACAAACUUGCCGGACCUAGUAGAUGA